UCGGCCCGGCUGAAAAGGAGGGCUCGCCCGCCCGCCCGGCGCCCCCCCCGCCCUCGGUGCUGCCCCGCACCAUGGCGCUGUCCUGGAGGAGCUGGCUGGCCAACGAGGGGAGCAAGCACCUCUUCCUGUUUUUCUGGCUCUCCCUCAAUGUAUGGCUCUUCGGGAAAACCUUCCUGCUUUAUAAUCAAGGGCUACAGUAUUAUUAUUUGCAUCAGAUGUUAGGGCUAGGAUUGUGUGUUAGCAGAGCUUCAGCAUCUGUCCUCAAUCUGAACUGCUGCCUCGUCCUGCUGCCAAUGUGCCGAGUUCUCUUGGCCUUCCUGCGGGGUUCUCAGAAGGUUGCCAGCAAGAAAACCAGAAGGCUGCUAGAUAAAAGCAAAACUUUCCAUGUGACGUGUGGUGUUACAAUAUGCAUCUUUUCAGUCUUACAUGUUGCUGCUCAUCUGGUAAAUGCUCUUAACUUCUCUGAGAACUACAACGAAGAAUUUGUGACCAUAAAUGCAGCAAACUAUCGUGGUGAGGACCCGAGGAAACUACUUUUUGCAACUGUUCCAGGUCUGACUGGAGUCAUUAUGGUGUUAGUAUUAUUCCUAAUGUGUACAGCUUCCACGUAUGCCAUCAGGGUUUCAAACUAUGACAUCUUCUGGUAUACACACAACCUUUUCUUUGUCUUCUACAUGCUCCUGAUGCUGCAUGUUUCUGGGGGUGUGCUCAAGUACCAGACCAACUUGGAGGAACACCCUCCUGGUUGCUUUAAUCCUAACAAAACACUCCGACAGAACCUGACUGUGCCAAAGGCUUUUGAAGAGCUGUUUCCUGACUAUACUACUGAGCCUUUCCCAGAGGACCUACCAGUACCAGAACCCUUUGUACAAAAUAGCUUUAUGAGAGUUUGUUCCGAGGAACCCAAGUUCCAGUCGCACUUCCCAGAGACCUGGCUCUGGAUUUCUGGACCUCUGUGCUUGUACUGUGUGGAGAGGCUGUACCGCUAYAUCCGCAGCAACAAACCUGUCACCAUAACCUCGGUAAUAAGCCACCCCUCCAAUGUCCUUGAAGUCAGGAUGGUGAAAGAUGACUUUGAAGCAAGGCCCGGUCAGUAUGUUAUUCUCCACUGUCCAAGAGUGUCUGCCCUGGAAAGCCAUCCAUUCACKCUCACAAUGUGCCCUACAGAUACCAAAGCAACGUUUGGGGUCCACCUAAAAGUAGUAGGAGACUGGACAGAAAGAUUUCGGGAUUUACUGCUUCUGCAUUCAAAUCAAGAUACAGAGAUUCUGCCCAUCUUUCAGCAGAGACGCUAUCCCAAACUGUACGUGGAUGGACCUUUUGGAAGUCCCUUUGAGGAGGCCCUGAACUACGAGGUCAGUCUCUGCGUGGCUGGAGGUAUUGGAGUUACACCAUUUGCAUCAGUACUCAACACRCUGCUUGACGGCUGGAAAAGCUACAAGCUCAGAAGACUCUACUUCAUUUGGGUGUGCAGGGACAUCGAGUCUUUCCGCUGGUUUGCAGAUCUGCUCUGUAUGUUGCAUAACAAGCUUUGGCAGGAGAAUCGGCCAGACUAUAUAAAUAUCCAGCUGUACCUCAGUCAAACAGAUGGAAUACAGAAAAUAAUUGGUGAAAAAUACCAAGCUUUAAACUCGAGGCUUUUGAUUGGACGACCCCGGUGGAAACUCUUGUUUGAUGACAUAGCAAAGUGCAAUAGGAGGAAGACCAUUGGAGUUUUCUGUUGUGGACCAAACAAAAUCUCUAAGACACUUCAUAAACUGAGCAACAGCAGCAACUCUUAUGGGACAAGGUUUGAGUACAAUAAAGAAUCCUUCAGCUGAAAGUCUGUUGGACUAUCAAGACUCUCUAGAAGAUAAAAGUGCAAUUUUUUGUUUGUACAAUGUAAAAGUUCAGCUGUGGUUUAAACAGACAGAAAUGUACCAAAGAAUAGCACAAAASUUUUUAUUUAUGAUUAUUUAAGACUGAUGGAUGCAGCAGUAUWCCAACAAAUAACCAGUGCUUUUACUCAAAAUGCGCUCACACAAUAUUUGUGGCGGGAGUAAUUCUUUGGAUUUGUUUCUGUUAACUAAAAAGUGCUGAAGCUGGGGAGAGACACAGUUGCUUUAAAAGCUGAUGGAAGAAGAAUCUGUGGAACAUUUGAACUUCUUCCACUUCAGUCCUCUGAAGCUGGAUCAGUAAACAAAACCCCAGGUUAAUCCAAAUGACAAAACAUAGUGUACUUUUGCUUUUGUUGGUAUACAAAUYUUAUGGCUUUGGGGUGAAAAUACUCCAUAUUAAAGAUUUUAUUAYACAUCGCAGAUCUGGCAUUCUGUAUUUAAAAUAUAGAGUGUUAUUCUUGCUAGUUUACUUCUGUAAUGAAGUUAACCUAAGGAAAAGUGAGCACAAUUGUGUAGCACCAGUGGGCARCCUCUGCAGUGAUGUUAGUUACAGCCUUUUGGUGAGCAAGCAUCUGUACAUGGAGAACUCUGUAUCUUGCAUCAAUUCAGCAUUCUGUGAGUCUGCAAAAUAASUAUGAUUUAUGCAGCCAUAAAGAUGGAGCAAGAAAAGCGAUGAACAGGAGCAAACAGGAUCUGAAGUUUUAUGAUACCACACACUCAACGUGGAAGUCGCACUCACCCUGCACUCACAUGCCCUGAAUGUCAAAUACUUCAAGCUUUCAGAUGCUCUGACUAUUAUUUUGCAAUACAGCAGGUUGAAAUCCAGUUUUAUGUUUGGAUKACUUUGGUGAUGGUUUGAGUAUCUUCCCUGGACCCUUGUUUGUCCUGAUGUCACUGAAAKUAGGAUGAGACCAUAUUUACAGCAGAGUGAGAACAAACGCCUCAGCUCUGUGGCUCCCUGGAUGAUGUGUGCAGAUAGAAACCUUGCAGAAGCUGCAGGAUAGUUUCAGUGCAUUCCAGAGGGGAAGAUCUGAAGCAUAAAAUAAAAGCUCUCCUUCUCUUUUCCUCCCCACAGCUUUUUUUCUGCCCAUAAUUGCCAUGGAAGAGCUAAAGGUUAAAAGUGGUACUUCAUAACUUUUUGGUUCUGAGGGGAAUUUUUUUUUCCUCCAUUCAAAUAGCCAAUCCAACUUCCUUUAUUUCUUCUUUUUCUUACUUGCUGAGAAGAGGGCAUUUAAGCAGGAAUCAGACAGCUGGCAUAAUAGGCACCAGUCUAGUGCCUCUUAAUAGAGCAGCAUCACUUUAACCUGCUGAAAACCUUCCCCUUAAYCUCCAGCAGAAGCUCAGGAGCAGUGCAGUGCAGUAUUUGCAGCACACACAGACAUGGGCUGGCUUGAGAACUCUUGUGCCUGUGGUUCACCUGUAUUUAGGGCAGUGCACUUGGUUUCAAUUACAUUUGUUCAGUGAAGAACUUUUUUAAUUCAGUGGAAAAGGCAUUAAAUUUCCACCCAGGAAAUUCUGUACAGAAGUCUGCAAGUAUCAGAGGGAGGCAUUUUUCUGGUAGGUGUUGUAUAGGCRUGCUGAAUGUGUAACCAGUGAGGAUGAGUUUGGUCUUUGCCUUGGCAGCUUCUGCUCAGGAGUUGCACUCAGUGAGCAGUGSGGUGGAGGUGCAUCAGCCACAUGGGAACAGGUUCCUCAGUGUCUGGACUUGGCACUGGAGUUUUUGCCUCUGGGUCUGCCCUAUCUGAAAUUCAUGGAGGAAGGAAAGAACCAGAGAUAGAUGAAUUCCUACUGACAAGAAUUCUUGAAGUAGCCCAGAUGAGAGAAGCCAAAAUAGAAAUGCAGUGUGAGAUGGGAGCCUACAUUGCAGCUACUGAUUUUAAUUUUUUCUCUUUGAGGAAGGAAGGAUCAUUAUUUUCCUACUGGAUCUCAUUCAUCCAUCACUGUAAAACUGGAGGUGUGCAGCAAAGGAUUAGAUUCUUUUUAAUCAGUAAGAUUUAUUUCUAAUACUGCCUGCAUAGAUUUUACAAUAAACAUAAAACUGUAGGCCAAAUGCAUAGAUAUUGGAUACUGUAGGUCCUGCAUACUCUUUUUUGGUUUUUGGCUGUUAGUUUAAAGCAAGACUGAAAUCAUGCCUGCAUCUGUUAACCACAACUAGAAAGUGAUCUUUUCCUCUAGUUUCAAGAUCUAGUAUCUCAUACUUUUUAAAUACAGUUURGAGUCAUCUAAUCACAAUGCUGUUUGUGGUUUCAUGUCUCCUCUGACAGAUACUGGCUCCAUUACCAUAUAAUGAGCAGCUAGUUUUGCAGUUAGCUCUGUGCUGAGGCAGAUUAUAUUUUGUGGCUCAGCUUCUGUAUAGGUAACACUUUAUAAUUACAAGACUAAUACUAGCACUGUGCUCUUGCUCUGCACUGUAGCAGGAGCUGAUGCUGUGUGUAGUCAUGUUAAAUGCAUGUUGUUACAUCCAGCAGUGCUGUCACAGCAGGAUAUAAACAGAUCCAGGCUGUCCUCUUUCUCUCUUUGUGCUGCAUCAGGCUCAGCUGACCCACUUGUAAAACRAGCUCUGGACUGUCUGCCUUUCUGGAGUGUCGUGAGUCUUAAUUAAUGUUUUGGGAUCACUUUCGUGCACAAGCAGUGAAAAGAUCUGUACUUGUGUUUUCUUUUGGGUAACCUUUCUGUUCCUGAUUUGAGUAAUCUCUAGACCAGGYGAGGAAGAGUUUGGGGAAAGUCUAAAAGCUUCAGUUGCUUUUUUCCAUUACCAUGAGCUGUGCUUCUGUAAGAGAGGUAAAAGGUUUAAGGGCUGUUGAGUGACUGUGACUUGGCUCCAGGAGUGGCAGAUAUUAUGAUAAACACAGUCUUUCUGCAGGCUGUGUUGUCAUUGCUCUUUCUGAGUGUGUCUCCAGCUUGCAGAAGAGUCAAGCCCUCUUUUAAACUCCAUUGCUUUUUUAUCUGUAAGCCAAGUGUAUGUAAAAAUAUAACUCAGUGCCAGACAAGUAAGUAAAGGCUGACAGCACUUGAUUCCACAUUUGCAGAUCGACUGGAUUUACGUAAUUGAGCAUGACUUUGCACUUUAAACUGUGUCCUGUGAGUCUGUCAUGAGUGUCCUGCUGGCAGGGGAAAGAUCCCACCAUGUUUUCUCCCAGUUUUCACUCAGUCUGUCACAAAGCUGUGGACCCCUCAGUGUUUGCUUAGUAUUUUAUUAUCUUUGUGUUUCAUUCAUCAGAAUUGUUUCAGGACUCUUUUUUUUUUUUCAAGAAUGUUUCAGGAAUGUUUCCAUAUCAUGAUGGAAACCAAGCCCUUUCCUUGCAACAAGAAUCCAGCCCUGGUGCAGCAGUGUGGGGGUCAGGGCUUUACACAGCUAACAGGAUUAAUCAGAUGUACCGAGACCUAUUCCCAUAUCACUGAGAUCACUUGUGUGAGUAAAUGUCCACUGCCACAACAAGAACAACAGAAAUGAGC